AUGCAACAACAUUUACAAUCUUCUGAUUCAGCAAUUGUCAGACCUGAAGGCGAAGAAUUGACAGAUGAGGAAUUGAAAACUAUUCACGAAGCUAUCCACAACUCAACAAUUUCAUCAGUCACAAUUAAGGGUUCUGAAUAUGAAAUUACAACUAAUGAUGGUGCCUGUAGAUUUGUUCGUAUUGGAGAAAUUGUUUAUAUCGAACAAAACAAGGACAAAAAGACAAAAUAUGCCAAAAUGGCUCUCGAAGGAAGAAAGAUUACUUGGAUAACACACAAAGGAAAGUGGGGCUUAAUCGUUGAUGACGAAAUAAAGAGAUCAAUGUAA